AUGGCCGACCCCACCAGGGACGAGGGGGAGAAAGCCUACCAGUGCACAGAGUGCGGGAAGAACUUCAGAAAGCGAGACAGCCUAAAGCGCCAUCAGCAGACUCACACGGGAGAGCGCCCCUAUAACUGCAUAGAGUGCGGGAAGAGCUUCAUCCAGAAGCAGCACUUGGUCACCCACCUCAGGACCCACACGGGGGAACGGCCUUACAAGUGCGAGGAGUGUGGGAAGAGCCUGAGCACCAACGAACGGCUGAAGAUCCACCAGAGGAUCCACACCGGUGAACGCCCCUACAAGUGCGAGGAGUGCGGCAAACGCUUUCGGCACAAGCAGACGCUCAUGGCUCACCAGAGAAGCCAUUCUGGGGAGACCAGUUACAGCUGUAAUGAGUGCGACGAGAGUUUCCGAACCUUCAAGCACCUGAAGUUCCACCAGAAGCUGCACCGCGGAGAAAAGCCGCAUGAGUGCGAGGACUGCGGCAAGGGGUUUCGAAAACGGGAACACUUGAGACGUCAUCAGCAGAUCCACACGGGCGAACGUCCUUUCUCCUGUGAGGAAUGUGGCAAGGGCUUCAUCCAGAAGCAUCACCUUAUUCGCCACCAGAGGACCCAUUCUGGUGAACGACCAUUCACUGUGGCGAGUGCGGAAAAAGCUUUUACCACGUACGAGCACCUGAAGAGACACAACCGUCUCCACACUGGUCAGCGGCCCAACAAGUGCGAAGACUGCGGCAGGACCUUUAAGUCUCAGAAGCUUUUGAAAGCCCACAAAAAGGCCCAGGCUGGAGAGAAGCCAUUUGAGUGCGGCGAAUGCGGCAAAAUGUUCCGCUUCCUCAAGCACUUGAAGUUCCACCUUCACACCCACACCGGGGAGAGGCCCUUCAAGUGCGAGUCUUGCCAGAAAACAUUUCGCAAACGGGACUGCCUGAAGAGGCACCAACAGAUCCACACAGGGGAGCGACCGUUCACCUGCGCCGACUGCGGCAAAGGCUUCAUUCAGAAGCAGCACCUGGUGAGACACCAGAGAACUCACACCGGGGAACGACCCUACAUCUGCAGCGAAUGCGGGAAAACGUUCAGCACCUGCGAACAUCUCAAGAUACACGGCCGCACCCACACGGGGGAAAAACCGUACAAGUGCAACGACUGCGGGCAAAGCUUCCGUAAGCGGGAGUACCUCAAGUGCCACCAGCAGACCCACACCGGGGAACGGCCUUUUACCUGCUCCGAGUGUGGCAAAAGCUUCAUCCAGAAACACCACCUCAUUGCACAUCUCCGUACCCAUACCGGGGAGAGACCUUACCAAUGCAAUGACUGCGGCAAAACUUUUCGGCACAAGCAGAAUCUGACCACGCACCAAAAGAUCCAUGGCAUUGGCUUGUAA